CAGUCUAUCUGCAUAAUUCAUCUCAGUUCGGGUAACGAUGUUAGCCAGACCUUGGCCGCAUGGGGUCGGCGUCAUUGUCUCUUGGUGAUGUCGGCAUUUCUCAGUAACCAGUGACAUCCCUAAUUGAUCUGAGUUGAAAUGCCGCCGUGCUAAUCAAUGCCAAAAACAUCCCAGCCUUUGUUUAGUACCGACAGAACUCCGUAGGUGGCCCGGCCGCUGGCACGGCAAGGUGCUACGGUACAAGCGGUCAUUAUAGCAGCUCAUCUCGGAGCGUAUGCAUCGCAGACUUUUCGCUCUGAAAUUUUCUCUGAAACUUUCUGAGUUUUUGCUCACGUCUUUUCUCUAACCUUGCCGGACGAUUUGAACACGCUUGUUCCUAGUUUCGUUUUGCUGGCCAAGCCGCUACUUAAACGCCCCGUCGGCGGAAACCUCUUCCCGUCCAGCGGAGCCAGCGCGCCAAGAUCCCGGACACGCCGGACCCGUCCCCGGAGCCAGUCAGUCAGGUCCCCGUCGGAUCAUUUCUCGGUGCCGGUCAAUCACGUCCCCGCUCCGUGAUCACUCCCUACAGAGCCCUUGUGAGCCCCCCAACAUAAGACAGAAUCUACGCGGUCACAAGCCGGAUUUCCUCCGAACUCGUUCCUACAAACCGGCGGCAGCGCUUCGACAGUGCUCGGACAACGUACUCCCAGGCCGUUGACUGCCUGAACUUAUCCCGUCUUCAGCUCAGAGAGGCGAACAUCCGGUCAGCACCGAUCAACUAGCCGAACCUUUCUUCAGUGACCAAACUCAACUCCACGCCCUAGUCAUGCCACAGACACGGUCGUCCAGCUCAGCGGCUGAACAAACGCAGCCGCCCCCUCCUAAACGGACCCGGAAGCGAAAGAAUCCGCCAACCACCUCAGCCACACCGACCCUCACCACGCCUACAGCAACUGAAUUCAACGCCAUGAAAGACCAGAUGAACGCGCUGACUACAGCAACGCAGAGCAUCCAGAGAAGCCUGGCUGCCAUCCUGCCUCCUACAGCUACGCCGCAGGCCCCUGCGGUAACACCCAACACAUCCCCUACGGGUCACCCGACUCUCCCGCCAACCCUUCUGGACGGUGCCACAGGGACUCACGCUGACCCAUUGGUGGCAGCAAUUUUAGGUAACGAUUUAGCUAACGAUAAGAGUAAGGACAAGUCUACUCCAGACGAGCGCACUGAGACCACACUCCCCCUCUCUUCUGUCCUCACCCCUCACACUACCCAGGCUAGCCCUGGCCUUCACGUCCCCCUCGACACAGGCAUUCCAGGUCCGACCAAGGAGAGGAUCUGGGAAAACAAGUUCCUCAACCUCAAAACUCUGCUCCCGGCCCUACAAUCCGCCCCUCAGUAUACUGUUUCCCUUUCAGGCUCCCAGACCCCGACCCUAACUUUGGCCAAUCGCAACGAUUCUGGCAAACAGACCCUCUCCUUGGACCAGUGGACCAAUGCCUUCCUGGUGUACCACUUCAUAUACAUCCAACGUCAUCCCACACUUAGCCCGCAGCUCAUCUCAUACCUACACCUCAUCCGUACACUAGCCGCGCGCAAGGCCAACUGGCUCCGAUACGACGAGCAGUUCCGUCAAUAUCGGGAGAAAUGCCCCGUCACCCCUUGGGAUACCCCCCACAUGCAGUUGUACGUAGAUGCUCUGUACAACGCAAACCCCUCCCCACCCACCCCCUCCACACGUAGCCCCAGCUCCAGCUCAACCACGUCGAAAAGCAUCCCGACGGGGUUCUGUUUUCAAUACCACAAACCCAACGGCCAGUGCUUCAAACACGAGUGCCUAUACAAGCACUACUGUUUCAAAUGCUCGGGGGCACACAAGGCGCCGCUCUGCCCCAACAGCUCCUCCCACUCCGCCCCGCGUAAACAGUAGAUCCUUGCCUGCAGCCGCACCCCGUGCCUACUCCUGUCAACGCCACAGCUUUAGCGAA